CGAGUGUAGUUUUUUCCUUGGCGCAGGCGCUACAAAACAGCUGUUUUAACUUCAACUCCAAACAAUGUUUGACACACUUUUCAUGAAAACUAAAUCUAAACACACAAACGAAAAUUAAAAUGGAAAAAAAUUACAGAGAUUUGGCUACAGAAACUUAUAAUAAUCUAUUGAAUCGAGAAAUACAUAUCAACGAAUGGGCUCAGGAGCGUUUGAGUCUAGCCGAGCCUCUUUGGCGUUUCUUAAGUGUCUUUUUGGAGCCCGGUAGCCUCUUUAAUCUCAUCAUUCCUCUGGCUGGUAUUUGUAGUCAAAGUUUACUAACACAUCUUGUCUAUGUCAUUAGUCUGGUCAGUGGCCUGAAUUCAUUGACAAAAUGGAUAUAUCCGGAAAUGCGUCCUUUGUGGAGACUUCGUGAAGGUUUUGCCGAUGAUGUAGCCUCUAGGCCGCAGGUUGCCUUGGCAAGUCAUGAACUUAGUUGUGAGACUAGUGGAGGACAGCCUUGUGCUCAUUCCAUGUCCUUUACUGUCCUCAUGCUGGUAUUAACAUCCUACCUAUUGGUCUAUUGUCGGCGUAAUAUGAAAUGGUGUUCAAUCAGCACUUGGCGUAUUGUGGCUUGUGGAUUGAUAUUAUCUUUGGUUAUCGCCAUGUGGCUAAGUCGUCUAUAUUUGGCCACAGAGUUUCUUCAUCAAUGCAUCUUGGGUAGCUAUUUCGGUAUGCGUAUCCUGAAUUGUUUCGAGAAGAAUAUGAAUUUUCUAUACUCACGACGUUGCAUCUGGGGAAUUAUUUUGGUUGCCCUGUUAAUUGGACUAUCUGUUGGUGUUUAUUUUAUCAAAUUGCAUUUUGGUAUAGAUCCUCAUUGGUCGGUGAGACAGGCCUUCAAAUGGUGUCCAGAACCUACUUAUAUGCGUCAUGAGGGUAGCCCCAUUUUUCUUUUAGCCCGAGAUUUUGGUAAUAUUCUGGGAAUAUCGCUUUCCUUGCCCAUUACCAAGUUAAAAUCCUCAAAAAAGUCUUCCAUUUGGCGUCGUUGUAGUAUCAUAGGAGCAUUGGAAUUGGUCAACUAUGGCUUACGCCUAGCCACGCCCAAACAAUAUGGCCGAUUUGCAUUUUUGGCCUAUGAAUUUACAAGAAGUGCUUUGCAUUGCUUGGCACUAAUGAAAUUAUCACACAUUUUGGCAUUUAAACAAAAAAUAAAACUCAAGUGAAAAGAAAA